AUUCACGGUAAAUAAACCACCGUAACUCAAAAUUCAUGCUACUUGUUCGAGACGGGUUGUUCUUGUUCACGAUCCAAAUCAGUGUACUCCUUACAAAAGCGAAAAUUGGGCAAAUUGAUUGAUUGAUUGAUUCGAUGAAUGGCCCAAAAGCAAGGUACCGGCCAUGCCUAUCCCAAUUUCCGAAGGCACAAGGUUACAAGCGGAAGCUGUCCUUAUCCACGUGGCACUUUUUUCCGUCGUUGAUGUCCCAUCAUUUACACGCUACUCGUACUUUAAUCCAGAACACCGCGUAACAGUGGAUCUUGCCACACCUUUCCUCUUUCGAACGUGGAGACCGUGGUGGAGCAGUCUCGGUGGAACUCGGAAGCUAUUCGCAUUUCCCAGUUCAGCGACGUUAUUUACUGAAACGUUUCGGUAUCGCUUCUCAGAAGCUAUGAAGUUGGUCAUGGCGGUUCUUCCGCUACUCUUUUUAACUGUACUCUCUCAUUCGGAGGCUGAUCAAGCUUUCGACGUCCGGCAACACCUCUCCACCGUAUCAAGAUACGGUGCAGUGAAAGAUAUUGCUGAUAAUUCCUUCGUUCCUACUGGUAUUCCUGAUGGAUGUACUCGUAUCCACUUAAAUCUUGUGGCAAGGCAUGGAACCCGUUCUCCUACAAAGAGGCGGAUGAGAGAGUUGGAUAAGUUGGCUGCUCGUAUACAAGAACUUUUAAGGGAUGCCAAGCAACACAGUCUGUCUUCGAAGAAAGUCCCUGCCUGGUUAUGGCAGUGGGAAUCUCCUUGGAAAGGAAAAUUGAAGGGUGGAGAAUUGAUUAGUAAAGGAGAAGAUGAAUUGUACGAUCUUGGAAUUAGAAUUAGAGAAAGAUCUCCUGAUUUGUUUGAUGAGGAAUACCACCCUGAUGUGUAUACCAUAAAGGCUACUCAGGUUCCUCGGGCAUCUGCUAGUGCUGUUGCAUUUGGCAUGGGGCUCUUUAGAGAAAGAGGAAGUCUGGGACCAGGGCGUCAUCGAGCUUUUGCUGUUAUAAUUGAAAGUUGUGCAAGUGAUAUAAUGCUGAGAUUUUAUGACUGUUGUGAAAACUACAAGGACUUCAGGAAAAACCAAGAACCUGCUGUUGAGAAGCUGAAGGAACCAAUCUUUGAUGAAAUUGCUUCUGCAUUGCAGAAGCGAUAUGAGCUUAAUUUCCGAAGUCAGGAUAUAUCUUCUCUAUGGUUUUUGUGUAAACAGGAGGCAUCUUUGUUGGAUACAACUGAUCAAGCUUGUGGUCUGUUCAGCCCUUCAGAGGUUGUUUUGCUGGAAUGGACAGAUGAUGUGGAGUUCUUUAUAUUGAAGGGGUAUGGUAAUUCUCUAAACUAUCAAAUGGGAGUUCCAUUGCUUGAGGACAUUUUACGAUCCAUGGAGCAAGCUAUUAAGGCUAAAGAAGAAAACCAAGCUCCUGGCAGUUAUGAAAAGGCAAGGCUUCGCUUUGCACAUGCGGAAACUGUGGUUCCUUUUUCAUGUUUGCUUGGGCUUUUCCUCGAAGGAUCUGAAUUUGAACAAAUACAAAAGGAAGAGCCUCUAGACCUGCCUCCAAAGCCUCCUCAGAAAAGAAAUUGGAGGGGGAGCACUGUGGCACCUUUUGGUGGGAAUAACAUGCUGGUUUUAUACAGCUGCCCUGCUAACUCCUCUAGCAAGUACUUUGUGCAAGUUCUACACUAUGAACACCCCAUUCCAAUGCCAGGUUGUAAUGGUGCAGAUUUCUGCCCGUUUGAGGUCUUCAAGGAAAGAGUUGUUGUUCCUCACAUGAAGCAUGACUAUAAUGCACUGUGUAAAGCAAAGCUGGAGCAGCCAGAGCAGAAGCCUGCAACCAGUAAGUUAAUACUACUGUUUCGUUGGCUCUUUUCACUGGGAAAUGAAGAUACACUAUCCCAAAGACACAGAGUUGAAUUGUAGUUUGGUUUUCAAGAGGAAAAGAAGGCAUACUGCUUGCAUUUUGCUUGCUGCAACUUCCAUCUGGUGUGAUUUUCAGCCACAACUAGCUCAUGAUGUUAGCAGAGUUGCGUUCUGGAGUAAACUUGAGUGAAGAUGCAGACAAUUUUUGCCCUAGUCUCUCUGCUUCACCAGAUGUUCAAACCAAUACUUUGCCCUGGGGAUGGGAGCAGUGUCUCAGCAUAUUUGUCGUUUCCUAGGGGAAGUCUUGACCGGUUGCGCCUUUUAAGCUGUAAAUUUUGUUUUCGGUGUGUCAAGCGGGCUUUUCAGUAACCACUUUCUUUCAGAAGUUCAUAAAAUAUUUUUCUAGCUACAGUACUGCACUCAAAUGAGAAUGAUACAUGAUGCCAUAAUGUUGAUCAUGAGGCUCUUCACUGUAAUUAAGCUCAUUACCUGCU